AUGCGUCGUACGUACAUACGGCCAACUUCUUACGGCGAUGAAUGUCUGGAGCGUCGUAUACAACCUUUUUUGCUUUUUCUCAUGUCUUUCAUCUUACUUUGAACGCCUUGAUAACGCCGCUCCUUUUCCCACGAUCCGUACGCACACUCUUUUUCUACUUCGCCGGGCUGUGAGAAGUUUCAAUUUUACGAUAUCGGUGGCGGUGAACUUUUGAGAGCAAGUGUCAUAAAAGAAAAUGAGAAAGUUUCUGUUUUACGGUUGAGUCAACAUUUUAGUUUUAAAAACAGCAAAGGAUCUUUCAACUUAGAGUUUGUUAACUUCAUGAAUCAAAAAAAGACUUCAAAUGUAAAACUUUCCAUGUUCUGAAUGAGGAUUUUUAGAACUAAUUUUUUAUAAAUGUUUUCAAUAUGGAUAAUAUGUAGACAGAACUUUCAUCUGAUAUUAAAAAUAAUAUUUCGGUUGAUAAAAAAAUGGAACCUUGAAGAUCUGACAGUGUUUUUGGGUUAAAGUGUAUAUCAUUCAGAUGAGAUAAUUGAUAAAUAAUAAAAUAAGUUUUUUUUGAGUGAUCGAAAAACAUUUCAAAUGUUAAUAUGGAUAGCCAUGUUGUUACACUGAGUUCAGACCACGUUCGACAUUCAAUCAUAUCCGAGUUUUCGAGCCAUUAGAUAGUGUAAAAUCCUUUGCUCGGAAGAGAGCCAGAUAGAAAAAUCUUUUCUAGAAAAGGAACCUUCCUCAAUUUCAAUCUUAAAAGUUUCAAUCCGAGUUCUGAAAACAUCUCACGAGUCAAACGUUCUUGGAUCGUAUCGUUUUUGCAUUUUCUUUCAAGGCGUUCCGACAGCUCCAGGCUCCGCCUCUUCUGCCCUCCUUGCCGUGGUGGGCGUCAUUCCUCCUAUCCUUUCCGCCAUCUUCCAACUUCUUCCGUCUGUCGGCAGGCGAUUUUUCACAAUCAACUCAACCCAUGCAUAUUCAGGCGUAGAGUGGACUCAAGCUUUUUCUCUAGAGGCUUUCCUGCAGAGGCAGUGCAAGUGUUAAAAACUUCUUAGAGCCAGACAAGAUUGAAAAAAAAGAAAAUAACUGCUUUUACACAUAUGUCUCGAAGAAAUUGUUGGAAUUUUGAUUACCUCGCUUUAUUUUUUACUCAUUAUAGCAAUUUUUUGAAGAACGAUUUCAAAAAUCUGAGCUGGUAAGGAAGCUUGAAAUUGAAGUUUUUAACUUACACUGAAAAAAACAGAAAUUGCCUACUUCGUUUGGAAAACUUUCAUUCGUCUAGUCUUGGGUUUUUCGAGACAAACCUGAAUUUUCUUUCGUGUUAUGUUUUUUUUUUCUGAACAUUAGAACGUUUUUUUGAAGUCUUUUCAAAAAUAAAAGCUCUUCGAUUGCUUUUCCGAACGAUUUCAAAGUUUUUACAAAGUUGAGAUACAAUAAAGUGACCGGAAGCUGUCCAAUGCAUUUAUUUAUUUUCGAAGCAUUGUCCUGCCAGCUUCUAAACCUUCUCGUUGUCUCAGGCGCUAGCCAGCGUUACAAGGACCAACGCAAACAUUCUUCCCGAACGGAAGAAACACUUGUUUUCUUCGUUGCUUCCGGCGACUUCAUUUUUUUUUCGGAAUAUUCAUUUCAUAGUCUUGUUUUCAUUAAUCUCCGUCACUUUUCUUAACAUCACUAAAGCCUGAGUUUUCGUCUUCUGUCAUGUUUUUUUUUAAUCUUACGGUCAGAUAAAUUAUAUGAGUACGCAGGGAAAUGAAGGAAUUGAAAAAUAUUCUAGCGUUUUGCGUAAAUUUUCCUUUUUUUUGAAUUUCCGCAGAAUGUCCCAAAUAACAGCCUUUACAAGAUAUGGUAGUUUUAAAAAAAUUCAAAUUUUCAUUAAAAUUUUUUUUAUCAAAAACACGCUGUGUUGUUUCUUUUUCUACGGUAUUUUACCGUAGGUAUUCUUCAUGAGAAAGGGGAAAGUGACUUAUCAGAAUUGUGCCGUUGCGUGAAGAGCCUUCAAUUGUUAUUCUGACUUCAAACUCAUAAAACAAAAAAUAGUUGCCUGAUGAAAUUUUCUUCGUCCUUGAGAGAACGCCUACCGAAACAGCUUAGAGAUGAUUGGCUAAUAGCAUUAAUGCAACGGCGCUUGUGUAUUCACAACUCAAUUAGAUUUCCGAUGAAGGAACGCUUUCUCAAAUGCCCAAUUGGAUAUUGAGAAAUGUAUAUAAUCAUUUAUUUGUUUCAAUUCGAGAUCUAUCCUAUCUGUUUUUGCAAAAUUGUCUUUUCUUCCGUAUUUUUGCAUGUUUUCGCUGUGGAAAAAAACGUGGACAGGCGUGAUUCACCGAUUCGCGCUGCAUCAUAUCUGUUAAGACGUCGCGUUUGGCUCACGUUGAAAAAAAACAGUUUUUUUUCUUCACUUUUUCGAAGUUCCGCGCCAUUUUACUAAAAUAUGUGAAGCUAAGCAUUUGGUUUAGUUCGUUUUUUUUUGGAUUCGAAUUUCUUUCACUAGUUCAAUUUUUUUCUUCAGUUUCACUCUAUUUCCAGUUUGUUCUCAUAUUUUUUACUACUCAAGUUAUAUCUUUAUAUCUCUAAACAUUAUAUUAUAAACACUUUUUUUCCCACAUGAAUCAUUUCUGAUCAUAACAAACUUCAUAAACAAAUCGUUUAGUGAGUCAUCAAAAAUCGGAACAUUUUAGAAAUCCUCUCUCAUCGCUGCACGUCUAGUGAUCCCGAAAUUUUCGAAAUUUUGGUUUAGAGAACUUUUCCCGUCGAACAACGCAGUCGACGGGAUGCUGGCUCUCGGCUUGAUCAAAAGGAUGUCCGACGACAGCAGCGACAGUCCUUCGCGAACUUCCGAAAACGUUCAACUCCUGCUCAUCAGGCACGACCCUUUUGAUUUUUUUGUUUAUUUGUGAAUGUUGUGUUGAGAAUUGCGCUACGAAAUUUUUUUUUCAGUCUUUAAAUUCUUUUUAAUUUUUGAAAAAUUUAGAUGCGAUGCAUUGACACAGAAGCUUUUCCAAGGUGUCCUGUGCUGAAUUCACUUUAGCCAAGUAAUAACACAAAAUCGAAUGACACAUAAAAUCUUCAAAAAAGCUAUUUUAAAGCGUAUCCGACCCAAUGCGCCUUGGGUGCCAACGCCUAGAAUCGCUUCGAGAAAAUAACAAUAUUCACUAUCGGCUUUAUGAUUUACAAGGCGUUUCAAAACGCAUCAAAUGGCGAGACCAACUUUCUAUAAUUCAGGAAAAAAGCUGAAAAACAAAUCGGACCUCAUCGAUCGGAAUUUCUCAGCACCCUCAUUUGUAUCGUAUUGGCUCUAGUACUGAUGAUUGUCUUCUUAUUCCUUGCAAUUGCUUUCUACCAUGUCAAGCACAUAUAUCCCAACUGCGAUGGAGAAGAUAUCAACCCAUAUGAUUUGCUGGUUCAGGAGCAGCCGAAAGAGGUUCUUUUUAUUGAAAGACUGGAGCAUAAAGUUUGGGUUUUACAGUUGGAGGCGACUUCAAUGUAUUUGAAAGACCGAUUUCUAGGUUAUCGUAUAGUGGAGAGCAUUAACUUUCUGGCCAAUGGCUCUCACAUUGCUGGAAGCAAAGAAUCCGCUCACCUAAUGCAUUAUUUGGCCAAUGAGGUGUAGCUUUUGUGUCUUUUCAUCAUGAAUUUUUUUUUCAUAGUAUUCGUCUCUUGGAUACUCUGUCAAAAUAUACAACUAUACGGUGCUUCUGAAUUAUCCUCAAGUGAACAGUCCAAACACCAUUCACGUUGAUAAUGGAAAUGAGUCUUGGAAACUGCUCAGCACUGGCAGAGGAACCCCCUUAGGACCAGAAGAUGCGAAAAAAGAGGUUUUCCGUCAGAAAAUUUUCUUCAUUUGUUUUUUCUCUGAAUUCCAGCAAGAAGACGCCCGUUCUCAACACUGGUGGAACGCUUACUCGGCCAAUGGAACGGCCGACGCACAAAUUGUUUAUUGCAAUUACGGAAUGAAAAACGAUUUCGAACAGCUCCUUCAGGUGCAAUACUCCUCAAGAAGGCCUAAUUCAACUGGAAUUUCAGAUGGGAAUCGAGCUGCGAGGUCGGAUCGCAUUGAUGCGUUAUGGGGGCAUCAGACGCUCGGAAAAAGUGAGGCUGGCACAGUCGCGAGGGCUCGUCGCAGUCAUCCUGUUCAGUGAUCCCAUUCACUACACUUCUGCUGCUGACAAAUCGAAUGUACGGCUUUGCAGAGAUUUUUCAGAAGCGACUGGAUAAUAGUGAACUUUCAUGAUACCUUGUCGAUUUUAAUUUGAAAUGCUGCCAUUUUCCAGGAAAUGCGUAGAAAAAUUCGAUUCCAAACCGAAAAGUUCUUGGCAUUAUUCUCGCAAGCUCAUAAAUCACGACUUGACUUUUUAAAAAAAUCGGAAUUGCUCUAGAUGCUUUUAAGAGGCCUCGCGUCUUUGCGGAUUUCCCCCGCAGCGUUUCAGACACAUUUGAAAAGUUUUCAAUCGAUGUCAUGAUCUCAUAAGUUUCCCCGCUUUUUGUUUCAUCAUUCGAAUUUGAAAGAUCGAUCAAUCUUUUGAACAAUGGAAUCUUAGAAUCUAUAAACCUCUCAGAAAAAAAUUUAAAAAAAAAUUUCUUUGCGCUCUUGAAGUUUCCUGGACCAACUAAAAUAUAUAAAAAAAUUUUUUUGAUUUGAAAAUUAUAAAAAAACAAUUAAUUUAAUUUUGAAACCAGCACAAAAAAACAAUUUAUCCGUAAGUUACUGCGAAAUCGAAGAAUUAUCGUUUCUGCUCUCGAACUUGUUUUGAAAAAAAUUUCUGAUGUGAAGCGAAAACCGUGCCCAAGUCUGAUACAAUGUGUUUCAUGUUAGAACUUUUCAUACUCGAUCUUAAAAAAAACGAGAAAUACUGUCGUUGACUGGGCUAUCGUCUCAGAUUUAUUCUCGUCGUUGAAGGUGUUUCCGGAAAGCACUUACCUUCCUGGCGACGACGCGCAGCGAGGAUCCGUUCUGGCCACACAUGGCGAUCCUCUGACUCCUCUCUUGCCUUCACUCCAUUACGUCCAUCGGGAAGAAAACGAAGAAUCCGCCAGGCUUAAGGGUUUGUAAUUGGAUACAGUUGGCAAAAAAAGAGUCGGGAAAUUUCUUUCAGGAGUUCUCCCGAACAUUUUAGUGACGCCCAUAGGCUACAAUGAUGCGAAAAAAAUUAUGGACCUUCUGGAUGGAGAACCUGUUCCGGUAUGUUUAAAGAAUGGGAAAAUUAUGAUGUUCAAAAAUAAAAUCAAACUUGUUUUAAACAUUCUCACCAUCAGCAAAUUUGAAGGAUUACCACUAUAAAAAUAUUUUCAGAGUUUCGAAUGGAAAGGAGGACUUUCAUCCGUCUACCGCGUAACUGGAGAAAAGAAGUUCCGAGUUACUGUACAUUCGAAGUUCGUGCACAGAGUCAUCAGCAACGUCGUUGCCAUGAUGCCAGGAAGCAAAGAACCAAAUCAUUGGGUUAUGGUCGGAAACCAUGUCGACUCUUGGGUCAAUGUCAGAAAGGCGCAACUUCUUUUUCGCAAUCUGUCGAUUUCAGGGUGCGAUUGAUCCCAUCUCUGGAACAGCAACUCAGCUUGAAAUGGCAAGAGUAGCGGCUGACGUAUGUUUCAUUUUCUGAAAGCGAAAAAAUAGACUUUCGCGCUUUCGUAUGUAUGCAGUAGAUGAAAUUCGAUUAUAUCGCUGUGCGGAAAUAAAAGACAGCCAUAGAUGUGCCAAGGAUUUUUUUUAAAAGUAACAAAUCAUUCAAUUUAAAAAAUUUAAGUACAAAAGCUGAAGGAUUUUUGUGUUAGGUUACCUUUUUUUGAUUUUUCCGAGUAUUUUCUGUACAUAAUUAGAGUUUCAGGUCUUCCAAAGAGAACGGCCAAGACGCACGAUUGUUUUCUGCCACUGGGACGCCGAAGAAUUCGGACUGAUCGGAUCUACCGAAUGGGUCGAAGAAAUGCAACACGUGCUUGGUCGAAAGUAGGUCAUAUAUAGAUGAAUCAUUUCAAAACGGGACAAAAUGGAAGAUAUUCAAUAAAAACGAGAAAAGUUCAAAAAAAAAAAAAUAUGUUUACUGGAAGGCUUCGUUUGGAUUUUGAAAAAAAAGAUCGACGUAACAAAACGUUUUCUCGUUGCGCUGAAGUCGUGAAAAACUUUCCUAAAGGAAAAAAUUUUGUGCGUUGCAUUUUUCUUUGAAAAAUGAAGUUGCAAAUCAAUCAAAAAGCGGAUGAUAAGCUAUACACGGCUGGCAGUUGCAUGUCCAUAAACUUUUAUCCAUAAUGGAAAAAAGGGAAAAACUUGACUAAACUGGUUUUUUCGAGGUUUAUAGAAAAAGAAGAGUUUUAGGAUUUCCGCUUUUUUGAAUAUUAUAAGGAGAGGGUAUCCUAAACAGCUUCAAAAAAUGAUAGCGACAUUCAGAGCGGUAGCAUACAUUAACGUCGACCACAUAGCUGGAAACAUUGCGCCGGAUGUGAAAGCAGUGCCACUUCUCUACCGAACAAUCAUUGAGGCCUCAAAAAAAGUUUCCGACCUAAUAAUUUUGUGACAUUAAAAAUAUUUUUUUCAGAAUUCGAAACUAUAACAUAAAAAAGAGAGAAAUAAGCAGCGACAGUAUUUGUUUGACUCUUGGCGGCAUUAUCGUGGAAAGGUAGGCUUCUUAUUACUUUUUGAGCAAUAAGAUUUGCAAAAAAACUGAGCUUCCACAAAAAUGGGUAGCUUGAGCGAUUCCGAGCAGUUUAAUUCUAGGAUUAAAAAUCAAACAAAUGUGUUACUAAAGGUCAUAGAUGUACUACCAAUGUUUAAUGGAAGCGCAAAAAACGUCUAGAAACUUUUUUCAUUGAAAUUUCUACUCAGUGUUAGUUCAGAAGCAGAAGUUACCUUCCAGAUCAAACUGAAAUAGCCACUAAGUUUGAUUUGAAAAAUAAGCAAAGGGCGUAUUUAUGAUCCCUGAAGAUUCUUUUUGUUACAAGCACAAUUCGCCAUCUCUUCGAAACUAUUAUCUUUCUAACAUUCUCUUUUCCAUUCUUUGAGGAGGUAAACAAGGAAAGGCGUUAAAGGAAAAAGAGGUUGCAGAUAAUAAAGGCAGUUUCCAUUCAUACUGAAAAGAUUAUACUGGUAUUCAAAAUUAUAACGCAUUUCAUUUCUUUUUGAGCUCAUUGGUCUUCACCAAAGUUGAUUUCAUCAGAAAAAAUCGUUACUAGAACUAUUUUUAACUUUCAAAUGUUUUGAACUUUGAUUUUUGGUCCUACUCUUACAUUAUAUCCAGGGACAGUUCCUGAGCGACCGAGAAGUACCGCACAUCGGACUUCCAACGGCUGGGUCCGACUACCACCGUUUCAUUUCUUUUUCUGGAAUACCAGCGGCCGACUUGAAGCUGGAGGGCACGCCAGGGCUUUCUUAUCCUCUGUAUCAUACAAUGUCAGUGAAAAUCAAUAUGCUAACCGAACACUUGUUGAAAUCAGGUAUGAAACGCCAUGGUUAAUCAAUAACCUUGUUAUUGAACCUUUUAAUUCAUUCGUCGCGAUGGGUCGAUUUUGGAUGGAAAUAAUCCAUCGACUCGCCAAUUAUAUGGUUUUUCUAGUUUUUUGUUCUUCUGGGAGUAGACUCUACUGUUCAGAUUAUCCCUUUCAAUGUCGUCGAUUACGCCAACUUUCUCAGUGCUUUGAUUCCUCGGGUUUGUGAAGAAGAACAAAGUGAAGUUAGAAAAAUAUUCAGGUUGAAACUAACCUUUCUCAUCUGAACAUAUCUUCACACGUUCCUUCAUACUUGGACAAGAUUCUUUCACUGAAAGACUCUCUCAGACGGUUUGGCAACGCCGCCAGACGAUUCCAAGAAAUUACGGAUGUAAGUUCUAUUGUUUUCAUUGCGUUUGGCGGAUAUGUGAAUGCAAACCGUGAGAGCGAAAAAAGCGUGUGUUAGGAGCUCAACCUUUUACUUUUUGGGGCACAGAUAUUAUUUAAAACGGCCUUGAAAAAAUGCAAACCAUGAGAACGAAAUAAAAAAGUAUAAACUUAUGAUCAAAGAAGCCGUCAAAAAGCGUGUGAAAAAGCAGUUCGCAGUUACGGAUGUGAAAAAAAGACUUUUCAAAAAGGACAAAUAUGAAAAAGUUUUUGAAGAAUCACUAUACAAUAUUGAGAAACUGGGUGGAAAAGAAAGCCAGAAAACGAUGAGGAAAAAAAUAAACGGAAAAGUUUUAUAGGUAUAGUAAAAAUUGAUUAAAAUACUCAUUUUUGUAAGGAGAAUUUUUCAGGGCUUGGCAUCGGGAGAAAAGAAAGUCAGACUGUCGGAAGUAACACUGUUGAACGAUCGCCUGCAGGCGCUCGAAAGCUGCUUCUUGGACCCGACCCGCAGCCACAGCCUCGACCGUCACAUCGUCUUCUCGCAGUCGAAAUUUUCGCCGCAGGUCACCUUACUAGCCGGGAUCCAGGACGCGGCUCAUCAGAUCUCCUUGUCGCCCACUCUCGAGAACGUCCAUCGACUCUCUCUGGAGUUUUCCAAAUUCCAGUUUGCUAUCGAAAGUGCCAUACACACUCUCACCGUGUGAAGCCAUCAUCAAGUCCGUGGUUGGCGCAUCUGACGCAGUAAUCGACGAAUACUCUCAUUCUCUUUUAAACGUUCUGUUCCUUUAUUAUCCUCCUUCUCACACUAUCAUUUUUGUGAAUUUACGAAAAAUUGAAUAAUUUAAUUGUCUUUAAAAUUUUAUUUUUCUCGACUCGAAUUUACUUACUUGCAAACCCGGUUUCUGGAGGUUUAUUUGAACGUAUCCUGAAAAAUGUUUUUAACAUGAUUUGUUUUUGAUUUCCUUCUACUCUUUUUAUUGUCAGUUGCCCAAAUAGGUAUAGUAUGGUCUCACCACAACUUGUCUCCACGGGCAACUUUCCUUCUGAAGCUUUCAAAAGAGCAAUAAUUGCCUUAUAAGAGUUAUCAUGUUCUAGAUUUCUCAUUUUCGCCACUGUUCUUCGCCUUAAUCACUUCUACUUGUUUUUAGAUGCUUUAAUUUAAUAAUAUUUUUAUCAAAGCUUCGGGAAUAAACUUUUUGAGAACUCAAUAGCUAACGCAAAAUGAUAUGGAAAUGAAAGGGACGACCCAAAAGAACGACCGUUUCACGGACAAUGAAUAACACGAAUCGUCCAUACAAAGAUUCCGACGUCCCUCAUUUAUCGUUUAAGAUGAGUGAAACCGGGCCAUUUGUUCACGCCUUUUCUCAGGCUGGUAUGCAAAGAUGAUCCCAAAUAGGUUUAUCGAGGCGAGGUUAUAAAAAGUUGAGGGACCUUAAAUCGGAAGAUUCUGAAAAUGAAAAAAUGAGAUAAAACUUAUCAAGGCUGAGGACAUUUCACUGAGAUUCAAAUUUUCUUGGUAGCCUUCGGAAAGUUUUUUCCCUAGAAAUUUUUGAGGCGUUUUCUUGUUAUAAACUAAUAGGAUUUUCAGAUUUUCAUAAGAAGUAAAAAUGACUUCGCGAUCAAUUUUUGAAGCACCAUAACUCCAAUAAUGAACGCAAGGUGCAAAUUUUCUCUGAAACGGAAAAUAAAUUCUCUUGAUGCAAAUUAACUUUUCUUGCGAGUUUCAUUUUUUGAAACGUUUCUUUUUUCAGAAAUUCGACUCCGAUGACGAAAAACUGCCUAAUUGUCUUAUCGGAGACGUUGAACGCUAAAUUGGAACGGCUGAGUUUUUACACAAAUUUUCCUUGAACAGUCUUCAAAGAUUCAAUUUCCAAUCAAUCAAAAGAUCUUCAGAUUCGGAAAAAACCAAUGGAGAGUGAUUAAGACAUAUUGAUACCACACAAAACUGUUGUGUUGUACAGUAACUUCUAUUUUUUGCUAUCAAACUAUCGAGAAAACUUCUUCAAUUGAUUGAUGAAGAUGUUCAUUUGUUGAAUUUUUGGUGAUAGACUAAAUCGAAUAAAACCAAAAAAUUUCAAUGUGGAGUACUGUGAUUUUCGUUGAUGUUUUCAAAAAUUGCCCAAACAAUAAAGAUUAUUAAGAAUAACAGAAUUUCAUUCUUGGAACUUGGAUGCUAAAAGUUUUUUCGUGAACGUUGAACAAGCUAGCUAAAAUGCUUUGAAAAUUGCAGUUUGAAAGUUACAACGGAGCAUUGUUUGCAAAAAUAAUCGGAGAUCUCAAAAACGUAUAUCUCGCUUUAAUACGAACUACAUCAUUUUUCGAAGUUUCCAUAGAAUGUGAGAAAAAUGUCUCCGGCUGAUAUCUAUGAAAGACCAUCGAGCGCCACUUUCUUUCAAAGCGAAAAACUGUCUGAUGAGACGAUACGUAUCGUUUGUCAAACGUGAUUCAACAAUGUCACUAUGACUUUUCCCCCUAAUUUCUCACUCAAGACCGUCAUUUCGCUGUCUUUAUGAAAACGCCUUCGGAGAGUUAAGAAAAAGAAUAUUCUUCAACGGAUUAAAGGCAAUUUGAGCAGUGUUUUUGAAUUCAAAUAAAGUAGCUUCUCUACGUGAAAACCUUCAUUGUGGAUGACGUACACGAAAAUGUCUGUCUUCAAGGAAUCAAAUUUCAUAAACUUUCUAUCUAAUUUCUGCAACCUGAAAACUUUUUCAACGGGAAAGUUUUGAAGUAUAUAUCUUUUUUGGAAAAAGUUUUUGAAACUCGGCCUUCCAUUUUUUUUUUUUUGAGCAGAAUUAUGACCCAAAACGGCCUCAGAGACAUGUUAACCGUGCGAGCCAAAAAAAAUGCAUAAUUUUGAGAUCAAAGGAGCCGGUUGGAGAACAUGGGAAAGCAGUUCUCUUUUACGGAUGGGAAAAACUUUUUUGAGAAGGGCCGCCAACAAAUAUGAGACCAUUUUCAAAUGGAAUGAAUUUCAGCAGGGAAAACGCUCAUGGAAAGAAGUUGUAUUAAAACUUGGAAAAAAGCUUUUCCUCAUUCAUGAAAAGUUCCGAUGAGUACAGGAAAAUCCCUUAGAUCGUCACUUUUCUCUGAAGAGUUUCUUAAUGUUUCAAAUAGUGAGCGAUUUUUAAAAUUCCGAGUUCCGAGUAAAAAAAUCUUCAAGAGCAUUUGAAAUAUCAAAGAACUCUGAAUAUCAUUGUUUUUUAAGUUUUUAUGAAACAGCGUUUUCUUCUUGUUUUUCGUUUUGAAAUUCACGAUAACUGCGUGAUUUUGGCCAAACGCCAAGACCAAAAAUCUUGACCGGACACAGGCCUAUUUAUAAGAGGCGCCGAAAAACGUCGCCGGAAUACUGUUGUGACAGGGCGGCGGUUUGUCGCGGUGUCGAGACGCGCAGUUUGAUGGACGCAGAAUGGAUGAGGUCCUUGCCGACGGCUGACGUUUUGCGGCGUUGUGCCGCAGGCGCCACCCGGACGCUGGAUCCAUCAUUCUCACGUCGACGCUGAUUAGCACUACAUAUUGUUACCGACGUGCACACACACGCCUCCCGCUCCCAGCCUAACCAGCAACUCCUCUCGGACACAACAGUCACCAACAUGUCGCUGCUCGCCGCCGUGCUUGUAUUCAGCCUUCUACACUCCGUUUUUGCUGCUCCUCCCAUCGAUGUUUCCACUCAACCUGUGUUGGGAUCUAUUCAAGGUUGUUAAUCGACAGAUAACAUCAUAAAUCUAUAAAAAUUUCCAGUAAUAUUGAUGGAGCACUUAUUUUUGUUAAAAGUAUUAAUAAGGCGUUAAAAUAAAAUCCUAAAAAAACCGUGUCAAAAAGCCGCCGUUGGCAAUUUAUAAGUUCAAACUGAUAUUCCGAAAAAAAUUGUCUAUAGCGUGUACCUUAUACCCGCUGAAAAUGUUUUUCGCAAUCUUGAAGUCUUUAAAAAAAGUAUUUUUUUCAAAUUUCAAUUCAAAAAAACAUCAUUAUUCAAACUUGAAGGCCCGGAGAUUCCUAAAAGGAAUACUUUAAAGUGUCCAUUCACCAAGUUGAGGGAAAUGAAGAUAAAAUAGAUUCUCAACGGAAAAAUCCAAUCGAAUCAUUGAACAUGCGUGUUUCAGGUUCACCAGUUGUUGCAGUUGUUCAUGGCCUCUCAGAUGUGCUGAAAGACGACAUCCAGUCGAAAGACACAGAGGAUGAUCCGCUGCAGAAGUUUGGAAGAACUGUUGAAUGA